CGCCUUUAUCUAACGCGGAUAGAGGGGUAAAAAUUGGAGGUCACGUGACGUUUUCAGACGCCAUGUUUUGUGAGAAAUUGUUAUAAUAAUCAUCUUUGUCGAGAAAUGGAUAUGGACUCGACAAUCUACACAUAGCAAUUCGAUGUAUGUUAUUCAUAAAUAUUAAAAAUAAUUGUCUUAAAUUCAUUAAUUGAUUUAAUCUACGUAUCUGUGACAAAUUUCAAAACACCCGCUGUUGCAAAGUUGUCGCUAUUUGUAAAAGGACGAUUGAUCUUUCUACAUUUUUAUCCCCAAGCAGUAUGUGACAUAGUAUAAAAAUUAAUUAUUUAUUUGUCCAUGUUUGGCAUUAGUUAAUUCUGUUCAGAGCUGUUAUUAAUGCUAUUGCUGCAAAGAUGACUUCUGUAGUCAAUGGUAAAACACAUGAAGGUGAUCUUAACAGUGGGUCAGAUAAGAAAACCUUCUUGAAGGAUGAAAAUGAAGAAGUUGAUGGUAUGACCAAGACUAAAUCUGAGAUCAAUAAUUUUGAAACACAAAAUAUUAAAGAUCAAUCUUGUGUUGAUUCAAUGUCAGACCCAGAGAAAAAGAUAGACUCUUCCAUUUCAAAUGAAUUAGAUUCUUCAGUAAAGUUGGGUGUAGAUACUCCAAAAGAAAAUGGAAUUCACUCAUCUGGUUUGAGUGAUGAAGCAAAUUUUUGUUCUUCAAAGAAGGGAGAGGCUGAGAAAGAAUCUAACAAAAACUGUGAAGAAAUUGAAGUAAAAGAAGUUUCUUGUACUUCUGAUGUUACAGAAAGCAACAAUCAUGAUAGCAGUAACUUAGAUAAAGAUGUAAAGGACUCAAUAUCGAAUGAUUGUGAAAAAAAGGAAAACGGUCUACAAGAUGAAUCUCUGAACAAAUCUACUAAUGAAUCUUUGAACAAGAAAGACAAUGAGAUUGAAAGUGAAUGUCAUAAAACAUCUGAUGAACUAAGCAAAAAUGAUAAGACAGAUAAAUUUGAUUCAACUGUAAAGAAAUCAAAAUUGGACGUAAAGAAUGCAAUUGCUACAGAAAUUCCAGAUUUGAGUGUACCAAAAGAUAAAGAUGCUGAGGAGACACCUGUAUCAAAAGAUAAAGAUGCUGAGGAGACACCUGUAUCAAAAGAUACAGAUGCUGAAGAGACACCUGUAUCAAAAGAUAAAGAUGCUGAGGAGACACCUGUUUCAAAAGAUAAAGAUGCUGAGGAAAGACCAUUAGUAAAUGGUUUUGUUGAACCUAAUCCUCUUGAAAAAUUAAAUGAGCAUUUAAAUUCGAUUGGAUGUGAUGAAAUUUCUAAAGGUUUACAAAAUAUUCACCAAAAAAGCUCAACUGUCAAGUUAUCUCAAAAAUCAGAUGAUCAAUCUAGCAACAAAGAAAAUAAGAAUAUUGCUUCACAUGCUCAUGAUAGGUUUAAAGAGUCUCCUGAUAAUUUUGUUUUUGCAGAAUUAACAAAUGAGGAUACUGGGUUUCCUGAGAUAUUCACUGGCUUAGUCAAAAUAGGACGUUAUAUAUCAGUGAAAGGAGAUUUUACCUUGAGGAGCACUGAAGCAUUAGUCGAGAGUCCUUCUUUAGUUUCAUCAUAUUUACUCAAGGAACCAGACAUUUUCCCACCGAAAGAAAAAGAUUCUAAAUCUGAAAGCAAAGACUUUUUCCAUACCUCUGCUGGUGAGAUUUUAAUUGGUAUUGGCCUUAGUCGUGUUAACGAAUGGUAUCAUAAAGAUAUGGUAAGAGUUAAAAAGAGGCAAAUGAAGAGAGAAGGAAAACGUCCUCAAACAGAAGAAGAAUUGGCUAACCACGAAAAAAGUUAUAUUGAGGCCAAAAAAGCUAAUAAUGUUUACUCUUGUGAAUAUAAAGUAUGCAAAACUUGUGGGUUUACUACCGAAUCUUCAGUAGUUAUGGAAGGACAUUUACUAGUGCCUCAUCUCACUCAACGUAAGGAAUACCAGUGCAAUUUUUGUGAAGUUAUUAAUCGAGACCCAAGAUUGAUGUUAGAACACAUGGAACAGGUUCACAAAAAAAUUGGCCGAAUACAACCUCCUGUGCUUUUCUUUGAAUGUCCUUACUGUACCUUUGAAAGCAAUUCAAAAGUUAAGUUGAAUAAUCAUUUAACAAAAUGCCAAAGGUACUUUGAUCAUGGAGUUAACCAAGCUCCACCUAGAGAUUUUGAUUUUCCUGCUUUGACGCCUAAACCUAUUACUGUUGCUGUCGUUAAAGCGUAUGAAAAAUCUCUUGGCUCAAUGCAUAGAGGUCGAGGACGACCAAAAAAGCAUGAAAAUAUGACUGACUCAAUGUCAAUGAACCAGAUUUCUCCUAUUGUUAGUCAUCCUCACAGUGCUCCUAAUAAUUUCCCAAAUUACAAAUCAAGCUCUAGUACACCUUUAAAUAACAGUUUAGGUAGUCAUAAUCAAAUAAUGUCACCUAUGCAAAUGUCCAAUUUAAACAUACGACCAGCUCAUUCUAAUUCUAUGUCCCAAAUUCGUUCUAGUGUAUCUCCAAUGGUACAAACUCCUAAUCGUAUUUACCAAGUUUUAAAUUCUGCUGGCCAAGUUGUCCCUAUUGUUGGAAGUAAUCAAGUGCCAACAACUCCUAAUCAGUUUCCUUUUGCCUCAAAUACUGUCAACAGUGGUAAAAAAUUGCAUAAUACUGGACCAUUCUUCAAUUCAUCCCCUUUUGGAAGUGGAUUACAUCAACAAAACCUUGCUAAAAAUAUGCCAGAAUUAAAUGCUUUGCCCAAGAUGACAGGACCUUAUCCUUUGCCAGCGGCCAAACAAUCCAAUCAACCUGGUAAUGUAACUAUGAAUUCAAACAACUUAGUUGUGUGUGAAAUUUGUGAUGGUUAUAUUAAAGAUCUUGACCAGUUGCGCACACAUAUGCAGCUAAUUCAUAAAGUCAAAAUCCAUCCUAAAAUGCUUGUUAGCCGUCCUCCUUUGAAUUGUCAAAAAUGUCAAUGGAGAUUUUUUACAGAUCAAGGUUUAGAGCGACAUCUUUUGGGUGCUCAUGGAUUGGUAACCUCAAAUAUGCAAGAAUUAGCCAACAAAAACAAAGAUGCUGGUUGUUGUACUAUAUGUGGGAGAGUUUAUGCUAGUAAACUUGUCAGUCACAUGAAUCAAAUCCACAAAGUAACAUUAAAACCAGCUCAUUUAUCAUAUAAAUGUACAGUGUGUUCAGCUACAUUUAAUCUGUACAGACUUUUUGAGAACCAUGUUUAUCUUGUUCACAGUGGUGCUGCCAAACGUUCAUCUGAAGGUGGUAGAUCUAGUCCUUCAAAGAAACAUAAAACUAGUUCAGACUUGGAAAAGUCAGCUGCAGAAGAAUCAAGAGAUCAUAGAGACAAAAAACAAUCCAAAGAAAGUUUAGAAGUUAGAAUAUGCGUAGAAUGUGGAGAUGAUGUUUACUCUAGUAAUCCUGACUCUAAAAAAUGUGAAAAGUGCCUAAAAUCAGAUGAACUUAUUCAAGGUACUUUAAGUUCUAAGGCUAAUCAAGAUGAGCUUAAAAAGAAUAAGAUGAAGAAAGCAGCUUCUUAAUUUCUUUUAAAUUCAGAAGGGGGAAAAAUGCAUUUUUAAAAUCCUAAUACAUAUUUUCUCAAUUAAUCAAAUAGGAUUUUUAUUUCAAUUAUUCUUUAUUUGAAUCAGACUGUUAUCAUCUGUAAAUAUUCAACAUUGACUUUUGUAAAUAUUAAUAAGCAAUGUUUUUCAAUUUCUUGCAAUGUUUCAUGUACAGAUCUGUCUGUAACUAUUUCUUUCAGUACUUUAUUUUGUGUAACCAAGUUAGUACUUAAAUUUUCUCAGUCCCAGCUCACUCUAAAAUGUCUAAGAUAUGAAUAUUUAAAAUGUGACUUGGUGCUGCUGAUAGAGUUAUAAAUAAUGUCUUUUAAUAUAAAAAAAUAUUAUUGAAUCAAUAUAUUUGUUACGAAUGCCUCCAGGAAUUUUAUAUUAGUUAUUUUCUUUUAAAAAAUUACAAUUUAGUUUUAAUUCUAUUUUUUCGUACAAUAAUAAAGCACUAUAAAUUGUAAGAUAUUGCACCUAUAUAAUAGCAAUGAAUUUUAUUGCUAUUGUCAGUUUGCAGAGUUGAGUUUUUUUUUUUUUACUUGUUUUAAACUUCAUUCAAUGAAAUACUAUAAAUAUUAUUGUAUUAAGAAAUGUUUUGCAAUAUUAACUAGAAAAAGGCUAUUCAAGUAUUAUGAAAGCAUAUUUAUGGCAGAUUUGGAUUCUCUCCUGGUCAGCAAAAAUAAGCAAUUUUAUAUUCAAAAUUGUCAACCUCUAAAACUCCUUGGAGAAAUUUUCUUCCAAUUAUUUCUUUCCCUCAAAUUCAACUUAAAUUUCAUGCGUAAUAUUUUUUGUUAAAUUUAUUUUGCUUUUUAAGAAAAUUUUGAAAAUAAAGUUUUUUUAAUGCCUUACGUAAAUAUUGCUCAUACCCGCCAUCGCCCCACUUCUUAGGAAAAAUAAUCUAAUUGUAAACCUCCUCACUUGUUAGCAAAAAUAACCGAAUUGCAAACCUCAGCUUGUUAGGUGCUUGCGUAAUAUCUGAAUGGCCCCAAACUAAUAUAAAAGAAAAUCCCAUUUAUGUAUUAACUUUUUAGGACUUCAAUUAUUUUGUACGACUGAGAUAUCUUUAUUAUUAUGGAGGCCGGAAAGUAAUGUUGUUUCGGCACAUUAAGUAUUAAUUUGUCUUAAAAAGCAAUUCAUUUUUGUUCGUUCUGGCAAGGUUGUCGCUAACGAGGGGGAAUACAUUAUUGAUUAAAAAUAAAAUCUUGAUAACAAUUGUCAAAUGCACCGAAACGCCAUUACUUUCCGGUCCAUCUAAUAAUUUUUGUUCUUCCGAUUCUAAGCUUUUUUUUUUUAAACGUGCCUACAAAAUUGAGGGAUUUUUAAUAAUUUCCUGCAGGUUUCAUAAUCUUUUAGACAUAACGAACAUUAAUAUGAUCUCUCAUCAUUUGACCAAAGAAAAUGUUUUAUCUCAAUUUUUUAGCUAAUAAAUUUUUAUAUAAAUGUGGCAAAAUGUGAAAUUUGCAAACAUUUCAUCAUUAUGAAUUUUACCAAUUUUCAAAAAAAUUUGAUGAAAGCAAGGUAAUACCUAAUUAUUAAGGAAGUGCUCUUAGAUUGAUAGUGAUUAUAUUUUUUUCUUUGGCAUACUAUACUUUUAACUUCAUACCUGUAAAAAAGAAUGAAAGUUUUAUUAAGUGCAACUUAAAAAACUAAUAUGCAAAUCUAAAUAUUUGUUUGAAUCAUAAACAGUGUUUGUGAAUGCAAUAUUUAAAUGACUCUAUUUAUUGUAAUAUGUUAAUUUUCUUGAUUUGUUGUGAAAAUAUUAUAAUCAUAAAUAUCUACUAGUCACAAUUUUUCUUGUUAUCUUGCAAAAUUUUGUGAUAUGUUUCAAUCUGUGAUUGUGUAUAUGAGUGCAAAUUUAUUCUCACUAACACUGUAUGCUUUUUAACAUUUAAAAAAAGAAAUAAUAGUUUUUCUUAAUUUGAAAUUAUGUUGUAAAUAUGCAAUUUUGUUUUUAAUUCAAAGAUACGAUAUUUAUUGCAUAUUGUACUUUUUCAAUGUGCAUGAUUCUAUGCUAAUCAAAUAGACCAUCCAAAUAUCAAAUCAUUCAGUAAAAGUUGUUAAAAUAUUGCCACCUUCACUUUUUUGUGUUGUAAAUACAUUUGAAUAUUACUAGAUAAUCAAGUUAUUUUAUUACUAUUGUAAUGUCAAAAGUAUGCUUAAAUGCCUCAUGUAUGUACUUCACUUGUUAAGGAGAUGAAAUCAGUAUUUAACGCUUCAGAUUUUGUAGAGCAAGGAAAAAUAAAAUUAUGUAUACUAAAUUUUUCAUUACAGAAAAACAUGUAAUUUAACUUAAUUCAUUAUCUCUCCAAAUUAAAAACCAGAUAUCUUAUUAAAACUUGUUGAAGAAGUAGAUGUAGUAUAGUAUUUACAGUAUAAUUAUUUUAAAUAUUAGUAAUUAUACUAAAUUAUAAUUGAUUGUUUUUUUUCUGAUAAUAGACAAAUAUUGUAUCUUAGAAACCUUGAUUUCUAAUUAUUUCUUUAAAAUUAAAUUAAUUCUUUACAAGAAUUUUUUGACUACAUUUAUCAACUAUAGUUGAUACUCUUUUCUUUUAUUCUUACAAAAUUUGACCAUUUUGCCUUCAACUACUUUGCAGUAAAAAAGAUAUUAGUGGACUUGUAUGUAAUUUUACCACCAUGCAUCAUUUUCACAGUUGAAUAACAUAGAAAGGAAUUGGAUUGUAUUAACAGAAAGAAACUUGUAAAUUAGUAACAGUUAUUUAAAACUGUUAGGUUAGAUUUCUACUGAUAAUAAUAAUUGUGCAAAUGAAAUAUCACUAUGAAGGGAAAUCACAAUUUUUUUGAAAAUGGAAAGCUGCCUAUUCUGCUCUUUAAUGUUUGAAAAGUUACUUGAUUACUGCUUUGUUCGGGCUAAUAAAAAAAAAUGAGGAAUUGACAGAUUUCUUGCAUUGAAAACUUUUAAUUUUUUAAUAACCGUCGUUGAACAGCCAAUCGAAUUUUCAGUUUACAACUACCAACAUUCAGCUCCGUAUUCUUAUAAUUUUGAACCCAAUCCGGAAGACAAAGAAUCCCUGGAUCAAGUAUCGAGCGAAAUUAGCCUUUGUGGAGGACUUUUUGAUGAAACUAACCUGCAUUUGCAUUGCAUGGAGAGGAAAACCACAAAGACUUCCCACAGUUAGCCUAACAGCAAGGGGACUCGAACUCAUGAUUAGUCUACCACUGAGGAUAUUCGAACCCGAUUCAUCUCGUUGGAAGGCGAGCACUCUAUCCCCUAAGCCACUACGGCUCUUUUAUGAUAGGUUAAAUUUUAUAAAAUUGAAAUGUUAUUAAAAAUAAACCUUUCAAGUACAUUUAAAACUAUAUUAAUGCAUUAAAAAUUCGUUUAUAGCAACAUUCAUAAUUUUUGAAUAUGAAAUAAAAAGUGACAUUUUCAAUUG